AAGGUGCACUGUCUGUGGCCAUGUUCCCUCGGAAGCCACCGCGAUCGUGAAUGCGGCGUAAGAAAAAUUCAUAAUUGGCGUUUUUUGGUAAAUGCUAGCAGCUUUCAACGAAGUGUUAUCAGUGCUUAACGGUUGAAAUUAAUUAACCCCAUGUUUUCUCGUGGUGGCAGCCCUCAUCUUUAAUUAACGGUGUCUCCUAUCCGUUUUCGUUUUCUGUAGGACAGCGCAAUUGUGACGUGUUUAUAUGAAAGUCGUUUGAGUUGAAUAAUUUGAAUUUUUGCGGAAUAUGUUGGGUGUCAAUGCACCAAAUCAUCUCCGCUGCCUUCUGAGGUGACACUUCUUGUGAAUUUCUCCUAAGCUUCGCUUGACCGAUUCCACUCCCUCCUUUUGUGACCGCAGUAUAUUUCUAAUCCUGGAAUGUCGCGUGUUAAAGUGAAUAAGUUCCAAAUUCUCCGAUAUUUUCAUGUUUAAUUAAUUUGCUACAGUGUGAUAAGCUAAUAUGAUUUUAUGAGUAAUGUAAUGAAAGUGGGAAAAUAAUCAUCAAUCGAGAUACUAAAAGGAUAACCGUAAGCGGAUACCUGAAUGUUUGAGUAUGCGGAAAACUCAUUCCUAUCGAAAGGCUGCUUUGGUAUCUCCAAAGAAAGCCACUCAGCAGUAAGGGAAUGGAUAUGUGCUGUGUUUUACGCUUCAGUGACAUGGGUUUGAUAAAUUAACGAGCAUACAAAGGCUAUAGAAGAAUUGGAAAACGGUUGAAAGAACGCAAUGCCAAUAUGCAGCAAUAAAGAUAAAAACAAUCCCGUCGUAAUAGCCACUGAUGUUGAGCACGAAGCUGCUGAAAUCGCCAAAGUCAAGAUAUCUCGAGAACAAGCGUAUUUCAACUCCUACGAUUUUGAUGCGAUUGAAGAGGCAUCGAUUGAAGCAGUAGACAAAGUUGAAGAAGUAGUCUGUGAUUGUGAUCCCAGCAGAAAUCGAACGAAAACCCCGGAUAUCAACUGUAACGUCGGAGAUCGCGACGAUGGCGACAUUCAUUGCAUCGACUAGUGAUGCUGGUUCAGUGCCGGCACCAACUGCAGCAUCCGAUAAAAUGUUCAAUUUGACGACUAUUUACAAUAGCCAGAAUGCCGAAGCACAAUGUUGUGAAAAAGCUGAUGGCCGAUCGCGGGAACGAAUUGUUUCGACAUCUCAUUACUCGACCGACAAAAGUGGUUCAUCCGGUUACUACAGUUCAAGAGUUUGCUCAACUAGUUCCGUUGAGGACCAUAUCUACAGCGAACCUGCUAUCGAUGUAAUUCAUCCAUUGAAGCAGUUGACAUUACCGAUUGAGCCCACACUACAAGAACAUAAAAGCCAAACCACUGAACUCGAAACAGGAGAAAAUUACUACAAUGCUGAAUUCGAUGGCGCAAGCAAGAUUAAUGAGGAGCUGCAAUCUUUAAAAAACAGCAUCAGAAAUCUAGAUAAGCAUUUGAGGAACUACUCGGGUUUGAAUAGAAUAACAUUAAGUAGGCUGAGUGAAAUAUCGAACCCAGGGCCCAACGAGUCAGUAGUCUACGAUGAUGUCGGAACAAUUUCAAUUUACGACAAAUCUAGAGCUUCGAGAGCUAUGCCAACAAUUAUGGAAGGCAAUGACGGCGGACAUAGUUCUUUGAGGUCACGCCUUAGCUGGACUGAAGAUGUGGAUGAUUCUCUUACAGACAUUGACCUAGACUCCUUCCGUUUAGUGAAUGAGGUUGCAAGAAAAAGCACGAAAAGAAAUGAAAAAGUUAAAAAGACCGCAGGAAUUGACAGUCCCACUUUCGACAAAACCAAAGUUCUUGACGAAGAGGUUAUCGAAAAUAAUUACAAAUGCUCCAAAUAUAUUAAUUCAUGUCCUGAAGAUGCGUACAAUGUUGAAAGUCUAGUUGGGUCUAUGGCGAGCCACGGAGUAAGUACACCUCGUAAUGAUAAUGAAAGAAAAGGUUUAGGAUUUUUCUUGAAGCGGUAUGAGGACCAGCUACACUUCCAAAGUACAAAAGAUAUAUUAGAAGAUAUUCGUAGUAAAGUGAAUGCAUUGAAAACUUCCACGACAGAACUGAAUUGCCACCCAGGGGAAAGUCAAGAAAUCGGCAUCGAUUCGCAGCCCACUUUACAUACUACGAUUCCCAAAGAUUUGGAGCAUUAUAUUGCCAUUCUAAAACAUGAACUAGAAGCGUAUUUGAGUUUGAUGAAUCAUAGUAAUGAGAUGGAAAUCAAACAACUUUGUAUGGGGCUGGGAAAUAAUCAAAAAGUACUAACUAUAACCAAAGCAUUUGAACGACGAAAGUCCUUGGCUAGUGAUAAUUCUAAUUCUCUUAGCUAUGAACCGUUGCGCUCCUCUAGUUAUAAUACAUUGCCAUAUGCAUAUACUCAUGAACAUUCGAGCUCGACCAUUACUACUAUAGCAUCAAGUGACCCUAACUUUCAUCUGAAAAGGAAAUCACAAACGAAACAUAGUGAAUACAAUGCUUCCCAACGAUUUAGUAGUCUGAGGCAUGGUAGACAUUUUGUUGAGGAGCAUCGAGAUGAUAUUGUUGGUUGUGCUACUACCAAUGGCCAGUUGAAAGCCUUACCGACUGCAACACAACUCCAAAAAAAUCUAUCGCUGCAAAGACCAAUGCUGGAUAAAAGGAAUAGGGAGGAUAAUGGAAAUGAUAAGACUUCCAUCUUGGAGUGGCACAUGAAUAAACCAAGCAUUUGGGAACAAUAUUACGGAACAAAUCGGAAAAAUCAGACUUUAACCGGGAAACGAGGACAACUAAUUAAGAAUGGAUCAUCUAUUCUAUCAUAUCCGUCAUCUCGUCCAGAAUCCGAUUUCACACUAGAUCUUCCCCGCGCCGAACAACUUCGCAUAAAGAUGGACAAAGAAAAGAAAUUCCGGCACCGCUGUCGUAUUCUAACGACAUUUUUGAGUUUAGUAUUCUUUUUAUUAACAGUCAUGGUGGUCAGUCUGAUACUAACUCGAGGCAAGCGUAUGUUUGGAAGUAUGCUUUGACACAUAGGUACCAAAACUAUGCAGUGUUUAACUGAAAUUAUGACAAUUGCUUAAAAUCGCUGCAUGAGUAGUUAAUUGACUAUUGACAAUUAUUAGUGUUUGUUAGAAAUUAGGUGCAAAUCGUGUUUCAUUUAUAAAGGUUCGUGUAUCCAAAGUUAAUUCAA